AUGGUCUAUUCGAACGAAACGAAACUUGAUAUUAAAUUUUAUGAUCAAGUUUGGUCAUCAAUGGAUUUGAAUCCCAAUCGACUGACGAGUGUAAUAAAUAAAAUGUUCAUUUACAAUGAAACCGAAACAAAACGACACAAUUAUUCUAACAAUUAUUUUGAUUAUGAUAAACAGUAUGUACAAUCGUCAGGAAGUAGUGAAAGCGCAGGUCUGAAUAUUUUGGGUAUUGGUGCACUUGGCGGAUCUGGUUCAUCGUCAAGUUCAUCAGAAAAUCAGCUGUCAACAACGACACAGUCAAUAUUUUCUGCCACCGAAAUUCAACAUGCAAUAUCCCAACAACAAAUUGACAUUCAAUGGUUAGGUGAAAAAUUGAUUCCAAAAUCGUUUAGUGUUUACAAAAUGACUGACAUAACUGAUUAUUUGCAAACAGCCAUUAUUGCAAAACAAAUGAUUGCUGACAAAGCCAACGGUGCAAUUUUUCGAACUGUGAGCACAAUAAUUCCAACUGUUUCAACAGAUUCUCGUCUAACGACGUUCACCGGUGAAAUAAAAUUGUAUACAGGCGAUGUUGCAUCGAUACCAGAAUUGUGGUUGUUAUGCAAUGGGGCUGUGCUAUCUCGCACUGAAUAUCAGAGGCUAUUUUCCGUUAUUGGGAUCACCUAUGGAGCUGGCGACGGGUCGACGACGUUCAAUCUGCCAGAUUUUCGUGGUAGAUUUCCAAUUGGCGUUGAUGAAUUACAAAUUCGUGUCGGUGAGGCAACUAAGCUAGGAAUGGCGGGUGGAAACGCAACUCACCAGUUGACAGUUGCUGAAUUGCCUGCACACACCCAUGAUCAAGGAAAGUUGGUGAUUUCUGGAAGUGGUACACACUCGCACACCUACAGCGAUCCUGGACACAAUCACGGCGGUAGUACGGGCGCUGCAGCCCCAGAACAUGGUGGAGGCCGAGGUACAGUCAACGGAGGAGGUAUACACGAUAGAGGAUUGCAUGUGCAUACAAUCGCUACCGACACGACACACAUUUCGAUUGACGCGGCUGGCGAUCAUAUCCAUGAAAUUGUCGGAGAAACGGGCUCUAUCGGAUCGGGAGCAGAGUUUGGAAUAAUCAAUCCUUUCCAAACAUGCCAUUAUAUGAUCUAUACCGGAUAA